AUGGACACCCGCUGCUUGGCACUGGGGUCACUGGGAGCGGUGAGGCACCACUGGGACCCCAGAGUGUCCCAGCCCUCCCUGACGGUGCUCUCUGGCUGCAGACAUGCCACGGGCAAGGCUCAGCAUGGGAACUUUCUGGUGACCAUCAAGCAGGAGAAGGGAGAGUCGGCACGGAUGGGUGGUGAGAAGCCACACGGCGAGGAGGAGCCAGUGAAGAAGAGGGGCUGGCCCAAGGGCAAGAAGAGGAAGAAGAUCCUCCCCAACGGCCCCAAAGCCCCCGUGACGGGCUACGUGCGCUUCCUGAACGAGCGGCGCGAGCAGAUCCGCACCCAGCACCCCGACCUGCCCUUCCCGGAGAUCACCAAGAUGCUGGGAGCGGAGUGGAGCAAACUGCAGCUCUCGGAGAAGCAGCGGUACCUGGACGAGGCGGAGCGGGAGAAGCAGCAGUACAUGAAGGAGCUGCGGGAAUACCAGCAGUCAGAGGCCUACAAGAUGUGCACGGAGAAGAUCCAGGAGAAGAAGAUCAAAAAAGGUGGGUUCCCUGCCUGAGCCCUCCCUCCCAUCCUUCAGGCUGGCGAGUGCAGUGACACCUUCUCCACUUUCGAUGUGCCCAUCUUCACUGAGGAGUUCUUGGACCAAAACAAAGCCCGGGAGGCCGAGCUGCGGCGCCUGCGGAAGAUGAACACGGAGUUCGAGGAGCAGAAUGCCAUCCUGCAGAAGCACACGGAGAGCAUGAACUGCGCCAAGGAGAAGCUGGAGCAGGAGCUGGCUCAGGAGGAGCGGCAGACCCUGGCCCUGCAGCAGCAGCUCCAGUCGGUGCGGCAGGCCCUAACCGCCAGCUUCUCCUCCCUGCCCAUCCCCGGCACCGGGGAGACCCCCACGCUGAGCACCCUGGACUUCUACAUGGCCAAACUGCACAGUGCCAUCGAGAGCAACCCCCUGCAGCAUGAGCCGCUGGUGCUGCGCGUCAAGGAGAUCCUGUCCCGGAUCGCCAGGUGA